UUUAGUUUAACAACUCCGUAAACAACAAUAACUUGCCACCGUUGGCAACAACGAGCGAAGUCUCCAGUGAUUUAUUUUUACAUUAUCUUUGCAAAAUGUCGUAUAGAGGAAGAUCAAGGAAUAAUUACAAUAAAAGAGGAUCUUAUUCAUAUCGGGGUGACUAUAACAACAAGUAUUCACAACACGACAACAGAUCAGGAAGUCCCAGUUACAACAAUCGUGAUAAAGAAAGUGGUGAAUCUUACAAUGAUCGACAAUAUUCAAAUGAUCGUUAUGAACCACGGGGCAGAGGCGGUGGAAAGUUUAGGGGUCGAAGGCCAAAUGGAAGAUUUAGUGCUCGACGAGGCUCAAGAGGUCGCGGAGGUUCGUAUCGAGGGAGAGGAGGGAGGGGAGAUUUUAACCAGAACAAUCACAUUGACCCUGAUGGGGAUAUAGAUAUGGAAGGAGGCACUUCAACAGGCAAAGCCAGGCCGGCUCCGUAUGCACGACCAUCUCGUGACAACAGACCACCAAGGGGAAACCCCAGAUUCCAUCAGAAUAACAGAAAUGGACCUAAUUGGAGCUUAGUAACGAUUGUACAAGGUGCCAUGUUGGACAGAGAAUGGCUGAUUGAAGCAAUUCAAAAAGAAAUCAUGGUUCAAAUUAAACCUGUCCAGUAUUUUCAUGAUGGUGAAAACUCCCAGUUUUGUAUCGAAGAUGCAGAAGUUGCACAAAAUAUCAGAGAUUGCAACAGAAAGAUAACGGGCCCGGAUGGAAACAAGCUUUUGAUAUUAAAGACCUACUGCAGUCCUCCUAUCACAGAUGACCAACUGGUUAUUUUGCGGGAUGCCCUCUCAAAACGGUACAACACAGAUACAUUACAUCUCGAUGCCUCUGAUUUAUAUAGCGACAAAACUCUUCGAGAAAAUCGAAUUGAUAUGAAAUUAAAAUUUUCUAAAGCCAUGUAUAUUCUUAUAAACAUCAUCGGAGAACACAUAUCAGGACUACUUUCCCUCGAUUUAUCGAAUAAUCGAAUGGAUAAUUUAUCCUAUCUGAAAAACCUUGUUGUUGUCACUCCAAGAUUGAAAUGCUUGAAACUUGAAAGAAAUGAGCUUAGGCAUUCGAAAGAGCUUGACAAUAUCAGAGAGUGGGAUCUAACGGAGUUAAACAUUGACGGGAAUCCACUUUGUCAACAUUUUGAAUCACAAUCUGAUUAUAUAAGCGCAAUCAGAGACAAAUUUCCUAACCUUCAAGUACUGGAUGGCAAAAAACUUCCACCGCCUGUAAAGUUUGAUCUUGAAAAAGUUACAAAGCUCGUUCCAGCUAUUCCAAACCACAUUCCUCCUGCUGUCACUGAAAUUAUAAAACAAUUCGUGAAGCAAUAUUUUGCUUUGUAUGAUACAAAUCGAGAAAAUUUAUCACAAGCUUAUGAUGAAAACUGUAUGUUUUCAUUAACAAUCCCAAGUAACCCUCGAGGUGCACCAUUAACUCGAUAUCUCGAUUAUACAAGGAAUUUACGAAGAUUGAAAAAUGCGAAAUUAAGGUUAUCAUAUUUGCGGAAGUCGAGGUCUGAAAUCUGCGAGACUUUGAAAAAACUUCCGAAGACAGAGCAUGAUAUUUCUGGUUUUUGCGUUGAUGUUCCUCUUGUCUCUCCAACAAUGAUUAAGUUUAUUAUAAGAGGAGUUUUCAAAGAAAAACAUUCAGGAAAAGACAACUCCUGUAUGAGAGCGUUCACGAGAGCUUUUCUUUGCCUGACUGAUGGUGCAAGGUUAUCCAUAAUCAAUGAAGAAAUUCACAUUAGAAAUACGACAAUUGUAGAAUAUAAAAGUGCAUUUGCAAAACCACCAGUUACACCUUCACCUAGUCCUGUACCUGAGCAAACCAUUGCUUCUCCUGCUCAGUCAACUUCAAGCUCAGUUCCAACGGUAGCACCUGUUGUUGUAGGAAGCCCAUCUAAGCUGGAUAUGGUCGCAGCUUUUUGUAAAGAAUCCGGAAUGAACGCAGGUUUCUCUGAACAAUGUUUGAAUGAAAAUGGAUGGGAUUACAUGAAAGCAGGACAAGCAUUCUUAUCAUUGAAGAAUGAAGGCAAGAUUCCUGCUGAAGCCUUUGUCCGUUGAACCUUAUCACUUUCAAGCAUAGUUGAGUGCUAAAUAAGUGAUAAUGACAAUAAACUGGAAAAAACUUUAAUUUUGUUGUCUCGUUUGUUAAGUGACUUAAAUGAUGUAACAUAAUUUGUAAAAAAAAAAAUAUUUCUUUGUUAUUUCCCCCUAAUCACAUGUAGGCUCUAGGAUUUAAUCUAAAAAAUAAAAUAAAAAAUUUACAAAAAAGAAUGAAUUAAGGGAUUUCAAAUUCUAAAUAAAAAAAAAAUGUUCCUUUUUGAUUCAGCAUUUAUAAAAUUGAUUCAGUUGUCGCAGUAUGCCAACCAUGUUAGUUAUGUUAUUACUAUUGGCGUUAAUGUCAAGUCGAUAAAACACAUGCAUUUGUAUUUUAGUCUGAAAAAUGGAAAAAAUAAAAAAUUAAUAGGUAUCGAUAUCAAUUUCCGACCAUUUCUCUGGGAGGAUUUCAAAAUAUAAACAUUUUGUACCAAACACCCAAUAUUCUAUCUUAUGUGGGAAAGGUGAUUAUUACUUCAUCUUCAUUUACUUCUGAAACAUUUUUUUGGGAUAUUUUUAUUUGGUGAUCAGUAACCUACUGCCAUGGUCUCCUAGUUCCUAAAAUUAUUUAUUUGAUGUGUUGGGAAACAAUGACUCAUGUGUAAAGAGCGCUGUGCUUUCGAAAAAAUAUUAACGUUUAAUUACAUUUCAAAUUUUUCAUACCAUAUAUACGUAUUGAGCUUCUAAGACAGAACGUUUUGUAUUUGAUCCAAUUGAAGACACCCCAUGCUUAGUUACGGGCAUUCAUUAUUAGACAUCAACCCUUUAUCACAUGACGCUUUGUUACCCAUGUAUUUACAUUAUCAGUGAAUUUAUUCUUCUUGGAAACAAUCUAAUUCUUAAAGUAGUACUUAUUUCAGAUUUUUGUAAAUUGGACAGACUUGUUUAGGGAUACAUUUAUUGGGUGUCAACAAAAGAAAUAGUAUAAAUUGAUUUGAAAUUCCUAUGAAAAACCAUAUGGUAAAUAGUUGAGAUGGAAUAUAAAAUAUCUAAACUUCGAAGCAAUCCUAAACCAGUAUUGCCAUUGUGAUAGCCCUCACCCGGUGCGGGAUAUUACUUCCCUGGGUAAGAUAUUUGAAAAAAAAAAGAUUUCCAGCUAAAGUAGUCCUGUUCCAUUACUUGAAUUCGUAAUUGGAUUCUCCAUGUUGAAAUGUUUGUAUUUACAUAUUCACAAUUAUUGUCUUUUUAUGUUUUGGUUGCAACUUGUGUCACAUUUAAUUGAAUAUGGUAUGAAAAUUAUAGAGAAUAAUUUUAGGAAUUCAGGUACUCAAAAUUAGUCUGUGAAAUUUUCUGCAGCAAAUGCACAAAUUUGUGAUUUUCACAAUGGAAAAUUUAAUGAUGAUCUAAUGAUUUUGCUCUCUCAAUUGCAGUACUUGAAAAUCAAAUUGAUUUUAAAGUAGAACUCUAGAAUAUUAAAAUAUUAGUUAAAUACAGGUAUUUCAGUACCAGGGCGCGCGCAGCCAGGAAUUUCCAAAGGGCGGAAGGUUCUGAAAUUUCUAAUUGCCAAGUUAGACCGUAAAAAGUAGCAGGUCCAGCCGGAUGCGGGAAAAUAAGUAUGAUAUGAAGGGGGUAUCGGGUUUCGUCCCACACCCCCUAGCUACGCCCCUGUUCUGUACCCAUCUGCCCUUCCAUGUUAGUUGCUUCAUUUUGAUAAUCUGGGGUUUCAUUAGGUUAUCUCAAGGCAUUAUUGUUGUUGUCAAGUGUUGUGUGCAUAAAUGUGUGCUUACUAAGAGUAAAAAGUUAAAAUUCAUUUUUCUAUUUUCAAUUACUACUUAUAUAUCGUUUUUAGGUUUGCCUCCUUUAACAUAAUGCUCUAGCCAUGGCCUCGAUCCCUGCACCAUCAAUAGGGUAUUAGAAUGUCACAUUUUUGAUUUAUGAUGCCAUUGAUUUCUAUCAUGUCUUCAUAUGAUGCCACACAAAUUUGGAACAGUGGUUUCAAUUUAGAUAGAUUCUCUGGGUUAAGUUAUGGGAUAUUAUGUUUACAGUCAAGACUAUUUAUAUUAGUCUUAAUUGGGUAUUUUUUUUACUUGAAAGGGUCUAUGUGGGCACAAUGGCCCUGAAGUAGGUCGGAUUUUUUGUUAAAAAUUCUUCCCUUUCCCACCACUCAUUUAGAAAGUUGCAUUUUUUAUUCUUGCUUGUUGAUUUGUGUAAAUUUUCUUCUUGCAAACAAUUUUUGAUUUUUACGUAAAAAAAUUGUAUGCAGGUACACAGUUCUUAUGUUUGUGUGUAGCCAAUUUGUCCUUAGGUGAAAAUCUAAAAACAAAAAAAAAAUGUUUAUGAAAACAGAAAAAAAUUAAAUUGAAUCAAAAACUUUUGCUGGCAAAAGAGGAUAUAUCAUUUUUUAUUUCAAAUUUUUCCCCAAUGGGUUUUCCCUGGGUCUUUGGGUUUAGUUUAGAGUUGGACCAACAAGGGUGGGGAAUAUCUAAAGUAUAUUCAUACUGAAAAUGGAGACUGAAACGAAAGUUUUUUCAACUUGAUGCUGCUGUUGUCUAUAAGCAGCUCUUGAAAGUAUGGAUAUGAUACUGGAACUAACACUGAACUGAGUUUUCACUACUUGGAAUUUACUCCAUCGAUAUAUAUGGUGCCGUUGCAUUGCAAAUCUUUCUGCUUCGAAAAACUGCUUCUCGAAUCCUUUAGUGCUGCUGAUCGUUCUUUUCUGCCUGUUCCUACAUGCAUAUCAUUGACAUGCUGUAUUUGGAUGCUACCGUCAUUUUCGAUAUCUCUCAUUGGAAAAUAGGGCUAUUUGAAGACUUUGACUUCUGAUACGAACUCCUAUUGGAAAAAAUCUGUCUAUUCGACACCUGGAUAAACUAUGAAAUGGUAUCAGGAAAAGGUUAAGCAAGAUAUGUUGUUUUAAUAAAGAUUGAUGUAACAAUUGGGAUAUUGCACAGGGGCCUUAUGUGUUGGUUAGGUAGGAUAGUAGGAUCAUUUAAAAUAAGCUGAAAUCCUAUUUCCUCUUUUGCCCUCAAAAUUGAAUGAAAAAAAAUGGUUAAAAAAAGAUAAUUAUUGAAUUGCUAAAAAAUUGACUGAAAAUAAAAAAUGUCACUUAUUCCGAUUUUUUUUCUGUUCGAAGUGAUUGUGUUCCUGUUUUGGUAGUUGAUGCUAAUGAUAUUGUUUAUAAUGUUUUUGCAUGUACUCACUAUUGGGUUGUAGCAUUACCCAUCGGGGGUGCAUGCUUGUGCUAUUGUACAUUGUUUUAAUUUUUGUAAAUAUUUCUUUCGUGUUUUUAUUAAAGAUCCGGUGAUUCA